CUCUCUCUCUCUUUCUUUUCUCUCUUUUGCUUCAACCCAUUCGCCCUUCUCAUAGUGGCCCUUUUUCACUUCUUCUUCUCUCUCUCUUUUUUUCUUUCCUUUCACGCCACUCCCUCUUUCUUCUCCGCUAUCCAUCCAUUCGUAUAUUUCCUUUUCCUCCAGUCUUGUCGUUCCUUUUCCCGCCCUCGUCUCUCCCCUCUCUUUCUCUUCGUUUCUUAUUCCCACUUCCAACCCUCUCCCUUCGACACUCCCCCCACCAAUUUUAACCCUCCUCGUUCGCCCUCUCUCGACUCUUUUUCUUCGCUAUCUUCGCCCGAUUCUCCCACACUGUUUCGCCUUUAUCCAUCGCCUGGUCCAAGUCCUUGGCUGUCACCCGCCAAGCUGACUCGGACCCGGGUGUAAAGGCUCCCCUUGCCCAUGCCACGACCAUCGGCUACGGCUAGGAAGAAUCAGAGCAAUCGCCAGGAGAAUGGUCCCUUCGGUCCCGGCAAAAAAGUGAACAAGCAGAAAUCCAACGGUACCUUGAAUGGCCACGCCAGCGCCGGCUCGACUCCGAAUUCCGGCCCCUCCGCCGCCCAAGCCGCCUGGCCCGCCUCUCGCUCGAACAGCGACACCGCGGUCUCCUCCACAAUAGCGACGGCCUCUCGGGUGAACAGCUCGACGGAUAACGCCAAGGCCGACGGACACGGUGCACGCGGGUUUCUGAAUGGAUAUGCCAAAGGGAAUUCGGACAUGUCGUAUGGUCAGGCCAACGGGGCCGUGCCGCAGAAUGGUGGCGUGGCCGCCUCGGCGUCGCGUCGGACGGACAAGGCCGCCGCCGCUUCCAAGAGGUCGUCGGGCUCCAUCAACCCUCUCCAGCUCGCCUCUACCAUCCUCAAGUCCUGCCCCAUGUACGACACCAUCGCGAUCCUGAUCUUUCUGCUGCAACUGCCUCCCAUGGUCCUCACCCUGGUCCAGUUCCUCUUCGCUUCCCUGACCUUCAUGCCUCCGAGCGGUGCCUCCGCCGGCUCCCUGUCCUCCAACUUCGACAUUUUCCAGGGUCCCGCCGGCACCCCGUCCCUCGGCACCAUGAUCGCCAUGGACGGUUUCUGUCUGCUCUUCUGGGGUCUCUUCAUGUGGACGUGGGCGCAGAACUUCGCCCUCGACCUCGCCCACGUCCAGGUGGCCAUCACCCUGGGCGGCGGCGGGUCGGGCAAGAACGGAGGCGUCAACACACUCUGCGUCGGGAUCGUGCUGGUCUUGCAUCUGAUCCGGAGCAAAGGGAUACAGGAUUUCAUCAUGGGUCAUCUGCUGUCAGCCAAGAUCGUUAGUCCGGACCUCCUGUCGCAAUACUCUCACCUCUUCCCGGCCGAAUUUCGACGGUCCGACUCGCAAUCCUCGCCAAGUUGGAUCCGGAGUCUCCUAGCGGUCCACAUCCUCGCCCAGGCGGGUACCGCCAUGGCGAGGCGCUCCAUGGCCAAGAAUCGCGCCCCGGCCCCCGCACGCGUCGGCAAGCGGGUCGACACCGAAGCCUCCGCCGGCUCGCAGACCCAGAUCGAUUCCGCCUUCGAGUCCGGCGCCAGCGUCUCCUCCUACAUCGGCGCGGAUGGACAAUUGGUCACCCCGGUAACGCAUAAGGACGGUCGCGAUCGGUUGCUCUCGGCCAAGAAACGCCGUCGGCAGGCCAACCAGGUCCGGAGUCGCCAGCCGUUUUGGGCGGCCCUGGCGAGUACGAAAGUGACGGUGAUGAGGGAAUACGAGCACUCGCGGGCGCUGUCCAAGACCAGUCGCGGGCUCCAGAUGACCGAGGAGGACCUGCAGGGGGUUUCGUUGGAUGACGGGCUGGUGUGGAUCACAGAGGUGGAUAGUUCGACAAUUAAAUUCGCCGCGGGCGACUUUGCCUCCCCCGACGACCCCCCGGUCUCCGGCGCCUGCGAAGCUGGGCGAUUGGGAUCGGAUGACGCGGAGCCGUUCUACGUCUGCGUCAACGGGGCGCUGUGGGCGACCGCGACAAUCAGCAAGGUACCCGACGCGGCCAAGGGGGCGAGCGCCGUGCAUUGGCGGGGCGAGGUCUCUGGCCUCGCUCCGAACUGCGCCUACACGUGCGCCUUCCUCCGUAGCGAUACCGACGAAGAGAUCUGCGUCAUGAGCGUCAAGACCCCCGCCGCCGACGACGCCGCAGAACAAGCCGUGUCCUUGGCCGCCACCCCGCCUCCGCCGUCCUAUCGCCCGUCGUCGCCGACCACCACGCUGAAGAACUCCAUCGCCAACGCGGAAGGCAAGCUGAACGAGAAACGCUCCCGGUUACGGAAGAUCAAGAACGACCACAAACUAGCCGUCUCCAAGCUGCGCAAGGAGCUCGACAACUACAACCACCGACUCCAAAGCGGGACGGAUGAGAAUCGGCAGAAGCAGCGGUCGCUCCAGCUCGAACGGAACAUCCGGCAGACCGAGGAGGCGACCGCGGCCCUGGGCGCCCAGCUGGACACCAUGGUGAACGUUCCCGAGGAGGAGAUCGAGGAGUGGCGGGCGCAGAAGGCUCAGUACGAACGGGACCUGGAGAUUCUCACCACCGCCAAGGAGGAGCUGAGCGCCGCGCGGACCGCGGUGGCCCGCGAAGUGUCGUCCCUUGAGUCCGAUCUGACCUCGACGGUCCAGCGCCGGGAGCGUCUGCAGGGCCGGCGCACCCGCGUCCACGAGCAGUACGAGCGCAUCGUCUCGGCCAACGCGCAGGGCCUCAACGAGCGGGAGCGCCGCGCGGCGGAGCAGUUCGCCCGGGAGCAGGACCAGGCCAAGCUAGAGAUCAAUUUCAACGAACAAUUCGCCAGCAUCGGCCAGUCCAUCCACGAGUACCAGCUGCGGACCAACCAGCUCUGGCAGCAGUCCACCGCCCUGGAGCAGAGCAUCCAGCAGCAGCAGCAGCAGAUGCUCCUCGACGCCGCGCCGCUCACCCCGGAAGGCACCCUGCCAGGCACCCACCACCUGGACUUGUCCGGGAUUACGCUGGGCGGGUUGACAUCCACCGCCCCCGGCAGCCGAUCGCUCCUGAGCGGCCUCAGCUUCCCGCCGAUGAAAUCGAGUCCACUGCAGCACUCCGCCUCGCCCGCGGGCGUCUCGUCGCACCCGACCUCCCCGCUCGCCCACGCGCCGUCGCCCUUUGAAUCGGACUUUGUGCCCCGCGACCGGUCCUUCUCCAACCGCUCGGGACGGAGCAGUCUCUACGGAUCCGACUUUGUGGACAUCAACCGCCGCGCCGGUCCUUUCGCUCCAGACCCGUCCGACUCCCUCAUCGAGAAGCAUCCCCCUAUCGACCCGAUCGGCAUGCGCUCAGUCGCCAGCCCGUUCCACCGGGCGGGCAGUCGCGGUAGCGGGAGCGGGAGCGGCGGAACUGGCAGCGGCAGCGGCAGUCCCAGCUCUGCAGCGGGCAGAAGCCAUUAGGUUGUCUUCUUGACUUUCGCUGGUUGGGUCGGACCCGAAGAUGCGGGCUCCCCUUGGGUCAUUGCAAGUUGGCUGUCAGGUUCUAUCGAUCGGCUUAUCCCGGGGUGGGCUUUCC